AUGAUGAAAAUGGGGUAUGAAGUGUACUCGGGAACGAUCGUGGGGCUCCCCUUCCAGACCGACGAGAAUCUCGUGGAGGACAUUCUGGGAAUGAAAGAGCUGGGCGUGGACGGCUUGGACUUUGAUGUGUACAUGCCUACAAAGGACACGCCGAUCUAUCCCUUCUGGAGAGAGCAGAACGAUGUGGGACAGAGCAAUCAGUACAGACCCUACCUGGAGCGGUCCUUCCAGCGACUGAAGCGGAUGAUCGCGUUGAGUCGGAUCGUGAUGCCCUCGGUGAGCAUUACCACCUCUGAGCUGCACUUGCUGCUCCACGCGAACGGCAUGCAGGAGAUUCUGAACGCGGGCGCCAACGUGGUGAAGAUGUUCUCGGGACCGCGAUGGACGCGACAGUUCAACUUGGUUUGCGUGACGCCCAGGCCUGAUUACUUCGACGAGAUGCAGCCGGCCUUCCCCGAGGACUACGUCUUGCAGCACAAUCUUCAGGUGAUCCAGGAAGCAGGGAAGAUCGUGGGGAGCGCUGAUGCAGCUCUGAUGUCCAGUCCUCACGCGCGCGGUUAUCAACUCACCGGCGUACAUUCGACGGAUUAG